UAUUAACGUUAAUAUUGGAAAAUAUUUAUUAUCAUUAUUCUAUUACAAAGAUAUUAUUUUAAAUAAAAUUGACACAAUCAACUUGAGUGAAUUUAUUGUUGAAUAUUUAAGAUCUGCUAAAAAAGGGGAUCUAAUAGCUCAAUAUAAUUUAGGAAAUUGUUAUCAAUAUGGUCAUGGAGUAGCGCAAGAUUAUAAGAAAGCAUUUAAAUGGUAUUCUUAUUCAGCUAAUAAUGGACAUGCUAAAAGUCAAAAUAAAUUAGGAGAACUCUAUUAUCAUGGAAGAGGAAUAUACCAAGAUUUUAAGAAAGCGUUUGAAUGGUAUUCUAAAUCAGCUAAUAACGGAUGUGCUGAAGGUCAAAAUAAUUUAGGAAAGUGCUAUUGUCAUGGAACAGGAAUAAAGCAAGAUUAUAAGAAAGCAUUUAAAUGGUAUUCUAAAUCAGCUAACAAUGGAUUUGUUGAAGGUCAAACUAAUUUGGGAAAGUGUUAUUACCAUGGAAGGGGAAUAAAAAAAGAUUAUAAGAAAGCAUUCAAAUGGUAUUCUAAAUCAGCUAAUAAAGGAUGUGCUAAAGGUCAAUAUAAUUUGGGUCUUUGUUAUGAGAACGGAAUUGGAACUGAUAAAGAUAAAAAGAAGGCAUUUGAGUGGUAUUUAAAAUCAGCUAAUAAUGGGUAUGCUUUGU